GAAAACCUGAAUUCACCCGAAAUCCAAUACGGUCACACACCUGCCUCAGCACCUGGUUUCGUUUGAAAAAAUCCAUCCAAAAUGAGUAAAUACAACUCAAAGUACCUCGAGGAGAAGCUCAAGAGGGAACUGCAGGCGGAGUACGUGAGUGUAACGGACGAAUCGGACGGCUGUGGCGGCAAAUUCAGCGCCGUAAUCGUGACUCCAGCCUUCAACGGCAAGACCCUGCUGCAAAAACAUAGAUUAGUGAACUCGACGCUGGCCGAAGAACUGAAAGAAAUCCAUGCAUUCUCCCAAAAAUCGUACACGCCCGAAGAGUGGGAGAAAGUGAAAGCCCAAUAGUAGUACCAAAACACCAAAAACAACAUCAUACACAUACAUACAACAACAAACACAAGCCCCAAUAACCUGUUGUUCGUUUGUUGGUAGUUGCGCUUUUGCGUGUGACGAGAUCCGAUCGAAGAAACGAAACCCGAAAAAACGCCAGUCGAACAAAGAAAGUGAAAGGGAAAGCACAGGAAUCGCACUCAGCUUCAGGAGUUACCAAAUAAACAACGCAAACGAUCCGCUAAAUGCAUACGUUACAUAAAAAACACCAAUAAAAGUUUAAGUGCUCUCGA